AUGAAUCAAUUUCGUUCUUUAGUGAGAAACAAAGCGCCUAAUAUUCGCAUACAGGAUCAGAUGCAAGACCAGGUGCGCACGUUGGACAGGAAUUUCACUAGGAAUCAAUUCAACGGCACCGCGCAGAACAACGCCGUGCCAAACAUGUACGGCACGUACAAUCGAGCCCAAUCGAGGCAAGAUAGGCUGGAUAGGCAAGAUAACAAAUCGACUGUGGCAACUUUGAGCCAAGUACAGGGCAGCGAUCCAAAUUUGUACGCCGUCACGGAAUUAUAAUUUCGAACAUCGAACUCGUGUAAACUGCCAUCAUCGAUCAACGUCUGAAACAAAUUAACGACCUUUUCACGAUCGUAAACCCUAGCCGUGGACCACAGGGACCUUUGUAUUUGUCCUGAACCAGUGUUCGCUAUAAACACGUACGUAUGUCGCGAUUCUUUGCUCUUUCCAAGGGAUAAGAUUUUACGAAUAUACUCGUUUCCACGAAAAAAGUUGAUAAGAAAAUUAUUUUAAACCGGAAAGAAUUAAGAAUCGAGUGUACAGGAAAACGCGGAAAUAUCAUCACUCUCAAGGAUUCCUUUUUGGAAAACAAUUGAACGUUUUUAACCAUUUGAUAAACACCAUGCGUAUUUUAAUAUGCAUUACUUGUUUUAUACAAUACACUGGAGAUGGCUCAAUCGUUUGGUAACUUUUGAUAAGAGCUUCGAAUACGAGGUAACAUUUACACGUUUGAACAUAAGCUCAUGAAAGUUGUGUAGUUUUAUUAACACGAUCAGAAGAUCGAAGUGUCUUUUGACGCGUUGUAUUCGCAAUCUUUUCGAGAACUUUAAAGAAAGAACAAUGAUGAUAGUGAAAGAACGUGAAUCAACAUUUCACAGCAGCGUAUGUUUGCACAUUUUUCAUCGCUUUUAUAAGCAAAUGGAUGAACCAAUUGUCACUGCAACACCUUGAAGUAUAAAGAUACGUGAAUGGAAAGAAUUGAGAAGGUCAACGAGAGUAAUGUGAGUAAUAAGUAACGGGGGCAAAAGAUCUUGGAAUCAAAGAGUUUGAAAGAAGGGUGAUAAAAACUCGUGACGAGUUUGAAGAGGAUUCAUUUACAUCGAUAGCCGAAGUGUAAUUUAGAAUUAACGCUAUAUUAUAAUAUGGAACUGUGUUGUGGGAAAAUUUUCACAGUUAAUUGACCCAUCGUUUCUCGUCAUUUCAUUGUUCAAACACUCGGAGCAGAGAGAUCUUGUAUAUCCGACGUUUUUGUACUUGUAUAUCGUGUACAGUGAUUAUCAUUCUACGUUAGCCUAUCUCUGUAAAUGAUCGUUGCUUCUCGAGCAAAUGUAACGAAUGAUACGUUAACGAGAGCGAGAAAUUUUAGGGAAAGAUCGUCGUAUUUAUUACUUGUUAGUUACUCGCAACCUGAAGGUAUUUCGUUUUCGAAUGCAACAUACGAAGAAGCACAAGAAGUAUAGCACGCAACAACAAAUUAGCAUGUAAGAAAGAUUCAAAGUUACAUCUUGGAACAAUAAUUAUUACACACUCAAGGUUUUACGUUUAAUCGUCUACAGAUUCGCCGAAUCAACUUGGUCCAGUUAAUUGCUCGCGGCCUACUAUUUUCCCUUUCGAUCAUUCUAAUCAACUUUCUUACAUUUACAUAGUAUCUUGUUUCGUGAAAAUCGACGGUGUUGUCCUACCAGUCUGUAGAUGAUUCUCUAUCUUUGGAACGACUUUUUUACACGAACACACAAGCAACGUACCGCUGAAUUUUUAUAUACUUUUUUAUACGUUUUAUCGAGUAAACGCUCGAGGAGAUUUUCCAUUGAUUUUUUCCGAACAGCGUUUCAAGUAUAGAGGUAUACAAUAUUGAUAUUAAGAAGUUACCGUAUGAAAUAAAGAGGUACAGUGAACGUAUAAAAAGUGGAUCAGUAAUAAUUAAUAGUAAAUACAGGAAUGAUUAAGGUAUUAUUAGUUACUGAUCUUCAUUUUAUAUUUACGUGUAUAUAUAUACAUAUAUAUUUAUCAACGUUAAUAUUUAAAAUUCGUAGCAAGACGUCGAUUGUCCGAUGAUUUCUACGAAAUAAAAGCAACAAUAAUCGAUUACGGACUAAAAAAAAAAAAAGAAGUAAUUUUGCCAAUAUUCAGGCGAACAUACGUUUUAAGUACAAACACGGUGAAAGCGCGAACGUUGCGCGUGGAUCCGGGUCAUUUUUCAUUUUUUUAUACGAGACAAAAGUUUUAUAAUCGUCUUAAGUAUCCAGAAAGCAUUUCGAGGCGGUAAUCAUUGUGUUUUUUUACCAUGUCCUCGAGAAAUAUGAAGGAGGGAAACUUUCUGAAAAACUUGGCCGUUCUACGAGCGAUAAAAAUCAAGAUUGAAUUAUUUGCGGAGCGCAAAGUCUUCCUGUACGGUCUCUGUUGAAGCCUGAAACGAGAUCGUUCGCGAUCAAUGAUGAUAUCUGCAACGAAAACAGCGGACGACUUUAUAUUCCGCAUCCUAUUCAGCUAGAACGCGUGUAAAUAGAUUUAUAGAUCGUCGAGUAUAUGUGAGAGAAAAGAAAUACGGAAAAUGUAAGUGUGAUAUAUAACUUGAAUUGAACUGUUACAAUUUUUUCUAGGCAACCUUCCUGAUACGAAAGGCCAGCUAUUUUAGUUGAAGGUUACGUAUAAAAAUACAGUUUCUUAUUUAAUUAAAGAAAUUGCAUCUAGGGAAUUUUCUGUUCGAUAAGCAUGGAAACGGUGUAGGUAGCCGAAGCAUGAUUAGAUAUAAAAAGCGUUCUUAUCCAUUGUACAUAUUUGUAAUAUUUAUUAACGAGAUGAAAGAGAAGGAUCGUAGCGCAUAGGACUAGCGACACCAUAGAUCUAGACGUUAAAUUAAUUAAAUGUAAGAUCGAAUUAACCCCUUUGAUUAUAUCGAAAAGGAGAAACAUCCUAGUCAGUAGAAACAAAGGUUUUUCUUUUCGUAUACGUUCAACGUUAUUCGGGUUUAAACGAUGGAUCUCUUGCCAAAUUCAGUUUUUCCACGCGGCUCAAUUUUUUCCCCAACACGUGGACGAACGAUUCGUUGUUUCUUCGGAGAAAAUUGUACUCUUGGUAACUUUUUUAUCCAAAUCCAUAAUUACCCGUCGAUGGUAGGAUUAGGAAAAGAUAUCGAGGAGUCUGCGCGAAUAGAAAAUUGAGAAACAAAUUUUGGUUUUUUUCCGACGAGUACAACCGCAUUUUGUUUUCGCAUCAUUUUGAUACAAUAAAUGUGUGAUGAUUUAUGAAAGGGAGAGAGAGCAUAUAUGUGAGAAAUGCAAAAGGAGAGAAAGAGCGAGAGAGAAUCAAUUAUUUUUCAAGAACGUUGAUAUAGUGAAAAUAUAGAGUACGAAUAUAGGAUGCAAAAAUAAUUUAACUAGUGCAUCGUUCUGGCCUACACAAUUUUGUUUAAUUAAUAUUACUUAUCGUUUGUGCACAAAUUUCAAGUGCAUCUAUUAUCGUAUACGUGGUUCCUACUUAAUUAUAAAUUCCCUCAAAGCAAAUAGUUAAAUAUUUCAUUAUAAUUUAUAUUUGAAUAAGAUAGCGUUUGAAUUUGUAAGCAUUUUGUAUCGAACUCUACACCGCAACUAAUCGAAUCGAUUCGACUCGACUCGAUCUAUCGAACGGUUCGCGCCAAUCGAAUGAGGUUACGAUAAUUUGACGUGUACCACCGUAAGCGCGUCCGUUCGACUUUAAAUAGAAAUCCAUAGGCCUUUUAUAGUUAAUUCACGAUAAGUGUUUCUUCCUUUUUCAUUUACGUUUCUUCUCUCUCGGUGUACGAAAGAGUUUCAGUUACAAAGUGUGCAGAGGCUAACGAGACUUUACGUAAGUUUAAGAUAUUUCUAUGGUGUUUUUGUACGCUAGAAGAGAAGCACUUCAAGCGUGUAUUGUAAAGAGAAUUCUCCGAGAGGCAUAUAUAUAUAUAUAUAAACGAAACUCGUUAAUCGAUAUCGUUUUUUGUGCAUUGCGAUUACGUCUAAUUGCCAUAUUCCAGACUUAAUUCCUCUUAUUGUAAUGGUAACACGAAUAUUAAUGAAAAGAAAAAUAAAAAACCGUAAGAUCUACA